AUGGAAACCAAAACUUUCCUAGACAGAUGGGAAGUGAAGCAUCGACUAUCGUCCUCGUACAACCCUCGGUCAAACGGACGCGCCGAAAUGGUUGUAAAAUCAAUGAAAAGACUACUCUCGGAUAACGUUUCACUUAAUGGAGAAAUCAACACGUAUGCUUCACCAAGGCAAUUUUACAGCAACACACCUGACCCGGGAAACGGCAUCUCACCAGCUGAAGGAAUAUUUGGAAAACCCCUCAGAGACUGUUUCCCAGUGAAGCCUAAAUCACAAAUUUUCACUAACGAAAAAGUAAGACCUGUCUGGACCGACUUAUGGAAAAAUCGUAAAGACACAUUGAGAGCACGGUUUGCACGGCAAACAAAGGCGCUGUCAGCGAAGACAAGAAACCUUCCACCACUCUAA